UUGUUUUUAUAUUAUUUGAUUUUUAAAAUUUGAAAGACUUGAUUAUUUUUACUAAUAUUUUAAAUUAUUCUCAAAAAUAAUACUUAAAAAGUACAUUUCAAAACAUUUGAAAUUUCAAAUUAAAAUUCAAAAACAAAAAAAAAAUAUGGGAAAGCCACAACGUAGGAAAAAGCAUCAUUCUGGAGACACACAUUUAAGACGAAGAUGGAGAACGAAAAAUCGAAAACGAGAUCUUGAUGAAAUUGAUAAUGAUUUAAAAACUAAUCCAGAAAAAUUAAUAGAUCAAGAAAUUGAUUUUGAGCAAAAAGGUUUGGGCCAACAUUAUUGUAUUCAUUGUGCAAAAUAUUUUAUUGACGAUCAUGCCUUACAGUCACACUUUAAAACAAAGGUACAUAAACGUAGAAUGAAGGCCCUUGAAAUAGAACCUUACUCUGUAGAAGAAUCAGAAAGAGCUGCUGGUCAUGGAAAUUAUAAAGCACCUUUAAAAAGAACUAUUGAAACUCAACCGAGUAAAGAUGAAGUUAGAGGUGGAAAACGAAUCAAAAUUGAUGUAAAAAACGAGGAAGAGAAAAUGACAAGUUAAUGAAUGUUUUAUUGCAAAUUGUUAAUAAAUGAAUAUUUUUAUAAAAC